ACAUGGCUGCAGUGCUGAGGGAGAUGUGUCUGUGGGCGCUGCUGGUGGCCGCCGCCGGCUCCGGCCAGAAGCUCUUCUCCGACCUCAAACGCUGCCUGGACGAGGAAUGCAGCAUGCUGAUGUGUCGUGGCAAAGCUGUGAAGGAUUUCGUGGGUCCUGACUGCCGCUUCCUAAAGUUUAAAGCGGGUGAAACCAUUUACGUUUAUUAUAAAUUAGCAGGGAAGAGAAAUGACCUCUGGGCUGGAAGUGUGGGGAGUCAAUUUGGAUAUUUUCCUAAAGAUCUGAUUGAAAUAAAUCUAGUGUACUCAACUACUGAGGUGGAGUUGCCAGCUGAGGACACAGACUUUGUUUGUUUUGACGAAGGUCCGGAAGAAUUUGAUGAGGUGGAUAUCGAUAAUCUGGUCAGAAUCGCAGGGUCCAGUGAAGGCCAGAGUAAGGAGCGUGCUGCAGAAAGGGAUGCAAGUCCGAGAGAGGAUGAUACGGGCCAACGAGUUCCAGACGAUGAGUCAGGGAAGUCCUUGAAAAUGCCUGGAGCUAAAUCUGGGGACAAUAAAGCAAGUGAAGGGGAAGAAGCAGUUCAGUCUGCAGAGCAGGAAGUUGGUGACUCCCUACCACAGACAGAAGACAGAGGAGCUGAAACUGUAGUUAGUCCACUAAGUGAUGAACGAACUCUUCAUGUUGAAGAUGAAGAACCUGCAGAGAAACCUGCUGAUGUGGGUGAUAAUAUUUCCUCUUUGGAAGACCAUUCAAUGGAAGAGGAUGGUAGUAGCCACGUUAAAGUGAGCAGACAUUUGGAAUCUAAUUCUCAGGAGCCAGAAACCUUGACUCCGACAGAUGCAGGGAGCGAGGGGCGGAAUUCCCUGGAUGCGGGGGAGCUGCUGGCUGCAGCAGAACUUGAAUCCCAGGAAGGUGAACAGAAAGAACUUCUUGAACUUGAGGGCUCUUCGGCAUUAGAAACUGGAUUUGGGUCAACAAGAGAUGCAAUUGUGGUAGAUCAUGAAGUGACCAGCAAAGUCACUGCAUCGGAUGAAGAGCCAGAGUUUGAUGUAGAAUUGGACAAAGAUGAUUUGGCUGAGCCUCCCGAGAGAAUACCCUUGCUCUCCUACUCAGAUGAUAAAUCAGUUCCUCAACAAGGCGGUGUCCAAGACGUGGAUGUUGGUGAAGGUUCAAAAUCCAGUAAAGCUGACACUAAAACUACAACUCAAGCUGUAGAUACUCCAGUGGCUUCUAUUAGUCCAGAAAAGAGACAGCCAUUGGAUGGAGUAAUUGAGAAAACUGCUGAAAAUGAGGAAGCACUAACUUCAGAAGAUAAAAAAAGCGGAGGGCUGUGGACAACCCUUGGAGAGACUUUUUCCGCAAUUGUAAGUGGGGAUGAGACUACGUCCAAGGUUACAGAUCCUUAUGGUUCUGAAGACUUGCCUGAAGAUACACGGGAUGGAAAUAGUGAAGAUCCAGAGGAAGAAGAUAGGAUCUAUUUGUUGAGUAUGUCAGAAGAGGAGGCUGGAGGUGAGUUUUGGUCUUCAGCUGGUGAAGAAGCUGAAACUCGUGUUGCUGUAAGGGACAUGGUGACAGAAGAUCCUGAAGCAACAGUGCAGGCCCUUGACACUAGCUCGGAAACUGCAACCAAUGUUGAAACGUUGGUUAAUGAAGACGAGGGAACUGAGCAGCAGCAACACAUUGCAUCCGUAGUAGAGAGUCGAAGUUCAGGGCAAUAUGCAGAGGACAAGUUGCAAACAAAGGAAGUUGUUGGUGAUGAAUCUGUGACUGUCCCAGAAAGGGAUGAAAAUAGUCCAGAUAUUGAACUGCAAGGUGACGCUGAGGUUAAAUCAGUGACUGAGAUGAAUCAAGAUCCGGCAAAGUUUGACCAGUCAGAAUUAGAAACGGGAAUGGACGAGCCGUCUGGGUCUUCUGAACAUGCAUCCACUGAAGGGCUAGGUACUGUCAAUGAAGGGUUGAAAUCAGAAGACCAAAUGAAGGUAGUGACAAGUGAAGGGUUUCCUACAGAAGACGUCAACACCACCCUUUCACAAGGUGCAGUGGAAGCUGAAGACCAGACAAGCUCUGGCACGAGUGACACAGACCCAGAAGUCCACAAGGUGGUGAAGAGCAAAGAUGACGUGGGAAAGAGUGACGAGAGAGAUGUAAGUGUAUCUUCGGGGAGUUACUCAGAACUGGAUAGCAAUGGUAUUUCAGAUGAAGACCAAGGAGAGGAGGACAGUGAGGACGAUGAAGCUUUGUAUGAGUUGCUUGAUGAUGAUCAGCCAGAAGAGUUGUUAGAGGAUGAAAAUGCUGCAGAUGCCAGAAUGGCAAGGGAACGUGAUGCCAGCGCAGCUCGUGAAGCUGGGUUAGAUCAUCGAGAGUUAGAUGUCCAUGAUAUGAAUGUUACAGAGGAAGGGAAUAUUGUGGAGCCAGAAGAUCUACAAGAUGAUGGAGAAGAUGUUACAAAUGUGGCAGUGGAGGAAGACCAUGAAGUGGAAAAAGAGGGAGGGCAUCCUCAGAACAUUCAAGGACAAGCAAAUUGGAUUGAAAAUCAGAAGAAAUCAGAACAGUCCUCACCCAGGCCUGUGGACAGGAGUGAAGACUGGACUCAGGACCGGAAGAACCUUUCGGGGGUAUUGCAUAAGGAAAGGGGCGAGUUCGGGAAGGAUCUUCAAACUGAAGAGAGUGCGGAGGGCGAAGGCAGGUGGCCUGGGGCUUACUCCAGGAGUGAAAAUACCUCAGACUUGCCUAAAGUUGAAGGGAACAAGACUGAAGAUACCAUGCAACCAACUAAUGAUAUUGGGGCAGAAGAUGCAAGCAAAGUGCUUGUAGGUCUAAAGUACCAGGAGGCUGUGGAAAAGCUUACGAUUUUGAAAGGCUCCUUGGGUGAAAAGAGCUUUGAGCUCGUGCAGAAGUAUCUAAGUCCUCGGCAAGUCCUGGAGGUUGAAGCCGUGCUUCAUGAUUUGGAAGUUGAACUGAAGCUCGCCAAGUUAUCUGGAGCCAACGAGCAGAAUAUUGAGAACAUUCUUGACAACAUAUUGGAGGAGUCGGAGUCGAGGAUCCUUGACAUGGUGGAGAAUAUGUUGGACAAAAGAGCUGAAAUGAGCCAGUGGAAUACAGAGGACAUUCCUCUGGAGAAUGAUGAAGAAAUGGUGGUCUUGAAUGACCUUCAGGAGCUUAUGUUUCAUUUAAGGAUGAAAUACUCAGCUAUCAAGGACAGUGUUGCUCUCGCCCCUGGAGAACAGUUGUCAGAGGAAAGGAAUCGUCUCCUCCAUGAAUCAUUGGACAAAGGCAAACAGGAGGGACUGGACAGAGAGGAGGAGGAGGAGCUGGCGAGAGGACUACCUUCUCCACGUUUCACAGAGGAUGCCUCACGUUCAGAGGGAAAGCAGGAGACAGGCAGAGGCAAAGGGCCACGGGGAGAGUUGGACUCUGCAGAAAGUGAGAGAGAAAAAGUCAGAGAGACACAAGGGGAGAUGUUGCCUCCAGAGGAGGAUCUGCAGAAAGAGCUUCCCUCUGCCAACACUCCAGAAGAUGGAGUAGGUCAAGGGCAGGAGGUGACUGUGACAGGACCAACCUCUCCAUAUUUUACACAGCGACGUCCCAGUGGACAAUUUGAAGAGACAGAGGCACCUCCUCAAAACAUUACAGGGAGGAUGGAAGAGGCUGGGAGAAAAUCUUCUCCGGAGGAAGGUGUGGGACUUGCUGAGGCUGGACGGAGGCGCAGCGGGGAGCGUGUGGGAGGAACAGGCUCCUCGGUGGUCAGAGGGAGAGCGGAGGAGGAGGUCCGGGGAGAGCAGCCCAUCCCGAACACCGAGGGCAGGAAGGAGUCACGGAUGGGCCCUCCCGUGGUGAGAGUCGGGAAGUCUGACGGGGACAGUGCGGACGACGGUCCGCUGAAGGAAGAGCGGCGAGAGGCGGAUGGUGCAGGCGAGGUCACAGUCGAGGGUGUUGCUGAUGGGGCUCGCUUGGAGGCAGGGAGAGGGUCACUGCCCUCCCAGGAAAGGAGUCGGUGGCUGCCGUGGAUUAUCUCAGCACUGGAUGGAGUUAUCCUGGCUACCAGCAACACGAUGAGGCCCAUCAUCCAUUCACUCUCAGAGUUUCUUAUUUCCUCUUUGCCUGAAGAAAUGAGGCCAGGCCCAGAUUUCCACGGAGUGCCCUGGGAACCCAUUUUGAUAACUGCUGCCCUGGGAAUCCUUACUUUCUUUAUCUUUAUGUGGCGAACCUGUCUUUCAGUGAAGAGUAGAAGAUAUCAAAUUACUGAAAAGCAGCUGGCUGAGAAAAUCAAACAGCUUAUUCAGGAAAAGACCGAGGCUUUGGAGAAGGUGUCCAAUUACGAGAAGAAGUUGGAGGAAGCCAAAACCCUUAUAAGUGAGGCCCAGAAUGUGAAAUCCACGGCUUCUGUUGAGACCAAGGAACUAGAGGAGUCUUGCCGGGAGCUUGAACAGGUGAAUCUUCAUCUGGAGACCCGUGUGAAAAAUCUCCAGGCAUCAUUGGAUAAAGAGAAGCAAGAGACUGCAAACCAGCAGACUAUGAUUGCAGAUACUCAAAAAUCUGUGAAAAAAUUGCAAAAAGUUAUUUCGGCUCAUUCAGCAGAGCUGACACAGGUACAAGAAGCCCUUUGUGGUGCCAAAACAAAUGAAGAAAAACUGCAAGCAGAUCUCCAGUCUGUGCUUGAAGAAAAUGCUAGGCUCAAGCAGAGCAAAAGUCAGCUCCUGAAAGAGGCAGAAGGCUGGAGUGAGCGACACAGUGAGCUUAAUGAGCAAAUCAAGCUCUGCCAGAAAGCUCAGAGAGACCUAGAGGAAGCCCUGGCCUACAAGGAUAACGAGAUCGAGGUGCUGACCGACUGUGUGAUGCAGCUUCGACAGCUUGACACAGAGUCUGACAGUGAAGAUAACGGGUGGGACAAAGAAGUGGAUGGUGAAGUGGCUAAUGGUGAGCUGCCAGAUAAAAGCAAGAAGACAAAGAUGAAGAUACAGCAAAUGAUGGACGUCUCAAGGGUAAAAACCACCUUGAAGAUCAUUGAAGAGGAAAAAGAUCAUUUCCAAGCCAAGCUGACAGAUGAAAUAAGAGCUAGGCAUGAACUGGAAGAGCAAAUUAAGCAGCUUGAACACAACUUCGCAGCCACUGAGACGGAGAAAUCAAGGCUCGAGAAUGAAUUUAAAACAAUGCAGCAGAAGUUGGAAAUCUUGACUGAACUCUACCACCAGAAGGAGAUGGCUCUGCAGAAGAGGUUGACCCAAGAAGAGUGUCAGCGUCAGGAGAAGGAGCUGAAGCUCUCUGUGGCUGAUGAGAAAGCGCUGCAGGCACUUGAGGAAGUGAAAAUGUACAAACAAAGAAUUCAAGAAAUGGAAGAAGAGCUUCAGAAGACUGAGAGAUCAUUCAAGAAUCAGAUUGCUGCUCAUGAGAAGAAGGCUCAUGAAAAUUGGUUAAGUGCUCGUUCAGCUGAAAGAACACUUACGGAAGAGAAGAGGGAGACUGCAAAUUUAAGACAAAAGAUGAUUGAGUUGAACCAGAAGCUCUCCCAGGUCCAAAGACCUUCGAUAAUUAAGCCAACUCCAGGUAGGCCUGACAGGCAGGUCCCUCCAGGAGCGCCUCCACCCCUGGGACCAGGACGCAGAGCUCCAGUAUCUCGUGAUGACUCUUACGGGCCGUCCCCUGUGAGCGCUGGCCCUCCGUCACCGCCAAUGAUGAUGGAUCUCCUUGUACGCCCGCCCUCAGUUAAUGCAGGUCGUGGGUUUCCCCGGGAUCGGGGGGAUGGAGGCCAUCGAGUUCCUCCCGGUGCUCUGCCUCCUCGCGAGUGGAUUGGUCCUGGCCCGGACCGGUUGGGACCAUCGUCUGACCAUGGUUCACCACCUCCACAGUGGGACCGGCGGCCAGGUCCAAUGGAUGGUUAUCCUGGACCCCGGAGACCACCUUCAGAAUCGGGUAUAAUGUCUGGACGAAUUUCUGGUCCAGGUGAAAUUCGUGGGCUUCCACUAGCUAACAGAGUGGCAGAAAUGGGCUCAGGGGGACCCGGUCAACUGCCCAGCGGGCCGAGGACAUCUUCCCCGAAUAUGAUGGAGUGUGCAAUGCAAGAUGCUGUUGCCAAGGCUGAAGAGCCAGCAUCUUUACCUAAUCCACCCUCUGAACAAUCAAAGGCAGUGACUGCUGAUGUCUCUCAGGCUGCACCGUCUUUCCCAGGGACACCUAUAAUGAAUUCGCCUCUGGGUGGGAUGCCUCCCCCUGGACCCCGCCACGGACCUCCCGCACCCAGAGGCACCUAUGGACCGGUACCGGUGCCACUCCCGCAGAACCAUCUAGUGCGUGUUCCAGCCCUCCGAGAUUACCCUCCAGGCCCGUUCCCACCUCCUGGGCACAGACCAUUCCUUCCUGGACCCUUACCACCACCUCACGCUCUGAGAGACUUCCCACCUGGUGCAAGGGAGUUCCCACGUGGGCCCAGGAGUCUGCCUCCCGGGCCAACACCUCCUCCUGGAGCCCGUGACUUUCCCCCUGGCCCAGAUAACCGCCAGUGAUUUUAAAGACUUGAUGCUAGGCUUUCGAUUUGACUGAUGACCCACCUCAGGCAGUUGUACUUGAUGUAUGUAAACCAGACUUGCUGGGGAACCCUUAAAGUAUUCCAGGGCCCUCGUUUGUUUCUCAGUUACUUGUAAUUGGGAAUAAUUUCACUAGCAGGUCUGAUUAUCAGACGUGUUUAAACUAUGCUGGCUGCUGGAGGAUCCCAUUAUUAUAGCAGUGGUGUUACCCAUGUGAAUGAUGAUCAGACACAUUCAGUCACCAACUUAUUCUUCAGCCAGAAAACUCUUGGACAGCUGGAGUUCUGUACCUUCCAACUUUGGAAAUGGAUAGGAACGUUGAUGGGAGAUUUGCAAAUUAAGUAUAACAUGCUGUUUACAGCGUCAAACUUGGAAUCUGUCAGAAGGUAGCCACUUUGCCAAUCAAAGGAGUAAAUAGUGCAAUAUUAGGGUACCUGUGUCUUGUGUAGUAAAUCUCUUGCUAAUCUGUGAGCAGUGUUUUGAGGCCUUUUAUUUUUUAUGGUUGCAGAAAAAGAAACUUUUCCUGUGGAAAUAACUAAUGAGAGCGGCCUGAUUAUGUCGUCAUGGCAAUACAUUUGUAAUUCGUACACAAACCAUUUCAAUGAACUAUCCAUUUGUGUAACAGCCAGCCUGUUUUUAGUUUGAUUUCUCUUUGGGGGGAAAAAAAAGGACAGGAACACCCUGUACAAGUAAGGCCAGAUGUAACUUAUUUUACUAUUGAGAAUUUAUUAAUAAAGAUUAAAAUUA